AUGAAUGUGGCGAGGACGCUUGUUGCGGGAGCCUCGUCAGUCGGAGGAAACCCCAGCAAUUCGAUGAAGAUGGUACUAAUUGUAAGGGCGGAUCUUGGUCUCGGCCGGGGCAAGAUAGCAUCCCAGUGUGCCCAUGCUGCGGUGAUGUGUGUCAUGGAAGCAUCCCGGGUUUGCGAAACCAAGCUGAAUUUGUGGCUCUGUGAGGGACAGCCGAAGAUUGUCCUCAAAGCGGAAAGUAAAAAGGAGCUGGAGUUUUUCGCCCGAAAGGCCAGAGAAAAGAAUGUUGUGGCGGAAGUGGUGAUGGAUGCCGGUCGAACUCAGGUCCAGAGUGGAACCGAAACGGUUCUUGGGCUUGGACCGGACUCAGCUGAGGUCAUCGAUUCCCUGGUCGGUCAUUUGAAGCUUUUGUAGAGUAGUUCCAUUUUAGUUAAAUAGGUACUUGAAUAAAAUCC